AUGACAGAAACAAACUCCCAUUCCCAAACUUCUGAUGACACUUCAUCAGCCUCUCAAACCAACCCUCCCCAAGCGGCGAAACCCAACUUCCAUUUCGCCUUCGCCAUCAACAACGUCAAAACCAUAAUCCUGGUGACGUUGGAAAAUGAUUCUAAUCUCUACCUCUCAUGGUCUGCCAUCUUCAAGGUGCAAGCACGUGUUCACAACGUACUUGAUCACAUCAUCCCGUCAUCAGAUGCACAUGCCAUACAAGCAUCAACAGACCUUAAGGCUAACGAUUCUGAACUUUGGAAUCGACUUGAUACAGUGGUACUGUUCGCCACUAUGUUUCAUGAUAACAAGCAUUCACGUGUUGUACAAUUAGAAAAUCAAUUCAGCAACACAAACCUGAAAUAUUUUCCAUCGACAAAAGCGUACUGCAACCACCUUAAAACUCUAUCUGAUCAACUUGCCAACGUCGACUCUCCGAUCACUAACACACGGCUGGUGCUUAAAAUGAUAUACGGUCUCACUGAUGCAUACACUGGGUUUGUCACUUAUAUAAAGCAACAUGACCCUCUCCCCACCUUCGCCACAUCACGAUCACAGCUGGAACUCGAGGAAUCAACCAUGUUGCAGUGUGCUGCUCGUGAAUCACACGCCUCCUCUAUUUCGGUCGCUCUCAUGGCCAAAGCUCUGACCACCAAACCUGCACCCAAACCGUCAUCCUAUGCUUCAAACUCCAACUAUCUCCAUCGACAUAUCACGGUCAUAGAGGAAAGAAACCAAAUCGUGGCGGUCGAAAUUCCGGAAGAGGAAAUCACGAGCAACAACAACAACAGUGGCAACCACGGAAUUACCCACCUUGGCAACAAUGGGGUCCUUGGAAUUAUCCACCUUGCCCUUACCCAACCCUAA